ACGUGAACCAGCCCUCCCUCCCCUCGCCGCACCGCACCGCACCGGGAAAUUUUGAAAAAGCCGGGGGAGUCCGCCACCGCCGCGCCAAAUUAAAGCACCGCCGGAUUCCUUCCAACGGCCGCCCCGCCCGGCACCGCACCCUCCUUCCCUCCCCCAGAUCUCACCCAUCUAGUAUAAGAAAUCCCCCACUCCUCUCCGGCACUCCCCCUUCCCCGCGCCCACACCCUGACGCGACACAGAUCCUACUGGGAGCACGCGGAUCGGCGGCGAUGGCUACCACGUCCUCCUCUCCCACGGCCGAAGCGUCCGCCGAGACGGCGGCGGCUCCCCCGCGGCCAUGGCCGGAACCGGAGCCGCCGCUGCCGCUGGUGUUCGCCGCCAAGCUGCGCGACCACGCCUACAGCCGCAAGCACAAGUCCCUCGGCCUCCUCUGCUCCAACUUUGUGGCCAUGUACGACCGGGACGGCGUGGAGUGCAUCGGGCUGGACGACGCGGCCAGGCGCCUCGGAGUGGAGAGGCGCCGGAUCUACGACAUCGUCAACGUGCUGGAGAGCGUCGGGAUCCUUGCAAGGAAGGCCAAGAACCGCUACUGCUGGAUAGGCUUCGGCGGGGUCCCAAUGGCGCUGCGAGAACUCAAGGAGCGGGCAAUAAGAGAGAGGUCCGGAUUGGCUCCUCUGCCGGUGGAGGAGCCAUCUGCUGCUAAUAUGUCUGAUGACGAGGACGACGAUAAGUUGGGUAAUCCUGAGGGUGAUACCGAGAAUGAGAGGCCGAGCCAGACCCUUGACAAUCUUUCUGACAAGCCUUGUGCACCUAUCUGCCGGCUUAGAUCUGAUCACAGGAAGGAAAAAUCCCUUGGGUUGCUCACGCAAAAUUUUGUGAAGCUGUUCCUCACCAUGGAGGUUGAUACAAUCACCCUUGAUGAAGCUUCAAAGUUGCUUCUUGGAGAAGGCCACGAGGAGUCCAAUAUGAAAGCUAAAGUCCGGAGACUGUACGACAUUGCCAAUGUGUUGUCUUCACUGAAUUUUAUCGAGAAGACACAAGCAGACACGAGGAAGCCUGCAUUCCGGUGGUUGGGCACGGCGGGGAAAGCAAAACCAGAAAAUGGUGUCACAGUUGCUGUAGACCCACAGAGGAAGACUAUGUCGAACAAGAGAGCCUUUGGGACUGAACUUACUAACAUUGGGAUAAAUAGAAGCAAAGUUGACUCAACAGUCCAGAAGAAAGCAAAGCUGGCACAGAGUGGUGGUGAUAUCUUGAAGAACGACAAAAUUGACGUGCAGAGUCAAGUUGGACCGGUUAAAACGAGUGAUUUUGCUUAUGGGCCUUUCCACCCCACUAGUGCAAGAAAACAGGAACCAAAUGGUUGGCACGGUGCUGGACAAAGGGAGAGUACCCAGGAUUGGGAGAGCCUUGCUGAUUCAUUCCGUCCGCAGUACCAGAAUCAAGCACUCGGUGACCUAUUUUCUCAUUAUGUGGAAGCAUGGAAGUCGUGGCACUCUGAAUUUGCAGGCAGCAGGAUCAUGCAGCAACAGUUAGGAAAGUCUGUUAUUACCUAGUUGUUGUAGACAAAUUAUUACCUCAAGUACCGUAGUUAGUGCAUCCUUGGGUUUUGACCUGUACAAUGUGCCAAAAACAGGGAGAAACGAAGAGAUGACUUAGGCCUAUGGUUCAUUGUAUUUACUUGAUACAUGAGAUCUUUAGGUCAUGCCAAUUGAAAAAAGGGAACAUUCAUUGUCAAUUUUAUAACUUCCGUGCUGUUCAUUGUU